UAGAAACGCGAGGUCAUGCUUAGAGUAGCAAUUCGUCUUUGCCGUUUGCCAUUUGGUCAAGGCGGCGUCGGGAGCCCCAUGGAAACGACGUCGUACCAACAACAUUUCAUUCUUUGUUCAUCUCACCGUCUCGAUUGGCCGGUCAAUCAGAUCCAACUAUUAAAACGAAAUGUCCCAGACGGCCCCGGAUUGGCCAUGAGAUUCAUCAGAGAUCGGGCUCUCAGAAGAAUCGCCACCAGCGGAAUCACCGACCAGCGUCGAUCUCAUCGUCCGAGGCUCUUUUGCGUCGCCAACAGCCACUCAAACGCCGCGAUGACCGACGACAAGAAGAGCCGAUUAGGAGACGAGUCAUCCGGUUUGAACGCCGACAGGAACAAAGAGGACGAGAAAUUACCACCGCCGCCGGAGAAGCCCUUGCCGGGGGACUGUUGUGGCAGCGGAUGCGUCCGGUGCGUGUGGGACGUCUAUUACGAAGAGCUCGAAGCUUACAACAAAUUACUCUCGAAGAGCAAAAGCCGGGCCGACGAUGAUGAUCCUAUGGCUUCCUAGAGUUAGAUAUCCUCCACUGCUAAUUUGAUUCUGCGGGUCAAAAUUCAUUUCUUAAUAAUUGCAGAUUGAUAAACUAUAUACUGUUGAUGCUGAUUUGAUAUGGAUUGAUUUGUUCGUGAUUA